AUGGAAAAUUAUCAACAAAAAAUCGAUGACCUUUUAAGAAAAGCUAAAUCUCAAGGCGCUGCGAGAGCUGCGAGAGCCAAUAAACCUUUUAUUACUAAUAUUGUAGUUGCAGAAAAACCUAGGGAGGAUCUAAAAUCUUUAAAAGAUAUUUGGAGGGGUAUGGACGCUACGGACUCCAGGAAUACCACGCCAACAAUUGGGUUUCGCAAGACAGGAAAGUCAACUAAAGGUAAAAAACCAACAAAAUCGAGUACUCGUAAUAAGAAGAAUCGAACAAAUUGGCAGCCAUAUCAUCACUCCAACAUGGAAAACGUCCCGGUUCGGUCACCAACUUUUUCUGAAAGUUCCAGUAUGAGUACCGAUGAAGACGGGGACGUAUUGAUGUUGUCAGCUGCAUCCACUCCAACAGAAAUAACUCCUACAAACAGAAAAUUUCUAAACAAUUACUUUCCAAAGGGCAAACGCAAACCAAGAUCAGCCGAAUUUAUUAUCGGUGAUAAGUUGAAUGAUGCAUCACCUGAUACUUUGCGAAUUUUUAAUGCAAUUCAAUCCAAUGAUUCCAAUGGAGAGCUCGACUUGGAUAAAGAAUACAAGUUGGAUAACGUAAUCAUGAAAAAUAUACUUAAUAUAAAUGAAGACAAAGUUUCUUUGUUAAACGAUGAUUUGACAAGAACAAGUGAUUACGGAACGUUUAAUGAACAGCCUUCAAUAAUCAAUGAGCUACAAAAAAACUCACAACAAAGUACCAAACUUGAAUGUGGUCAAAGUUGCUUUAUUAAUCCCAUAGCUGGUUGUGCAAAACUUUGUGGAUCUAUACCUUCCCCAACAACUUUAGUCGUCAAAAACAGCGGGUCCACCGCCCGUGACAAUUGCUCAAUAGAAAGAACUUUUUUGUCUUGGUUGCGCAUGUCAACAACUCUGGUAUUGCUUGGAAUGUCUUAUUUCUUACGUUUUGAAACAAUUUCACAACCUUCUGCCAAUGAAAACUCUUAUUCAAAACUACUCGGCUUAUUUCUCAUCGGAUUGGGAUUUACCGUGUUAAUAUGGGCUCUAUGUAAUUAUUUUCAAUUUCAACGAUUAUACGCAUCUAGAUACGCAUUUAUUGAGAAUGGCGUACUUUCUUUUUCGAUAGCUGCAUUGGUGGGUGCUACCAUUUUUUCGUUGCUAGUUUGUGAUAUCUUGCAAGAUGUGGAGCAAGAGGAUAAAAUAGAAAAUGGUACUAAUUUAUAUACCAUAAGUUUUAUUAGAUGA